AGACCCAAAUGACGUUGGUGGUAGAAGAGGGGUGAGAGGUGAGCUUGGUUGUCGCACUGUACUUCUACACGACCCCUCGUCCUGGUCUUAUAUAAAGGUAGCUGUUGUAGGUGAAUUGUAAGGAGUCUCAUCCACAUACCAACUUAUCCUUUUUACCAAAUACACAAAACAAACCCCACCACCACCACAUACCAAUCAACAUGUCUGACGAAGGCCGCGAAUCUUUCACCGACAAGGUCUCCAAGACCGUCAUGCCCGACAGCCAAAAGUCGACCGGCGACAAGUACAAGGACAAGGCCUCUGGUGGCAUGGAUAGCGCCGCUAGCUCUAUGCAGCCCGACAGCACAAAGUCGGACUCGCAGAAGGCCGGAGACAAGGGCUCCAGCAUGUUUGAGCAAGCCAAGGAUGCUGCCAGCAACACCUUCUCCAGCGACACUCUCAAGCUGUGA